UAAGCCUGAAUAAAAAUGUCUACUUCAAUUGCUGCCUUGCCGGCAUAUAAGACCACAAAGGUAAACAGAACGAAGGCAAGAGCCGACAGAACAAUAUUUGGAACUACACUUGAUAACUCCAAUAAAGCGUCAAAAAUACUCAAAGACGAAGGAGCACAAUCAGAGGCCGAACGUCUUUUCGAGGAUCGUUACAAGAAGUGGAGAACACCGACCCCCUCAAAGCAGGCGUUAUUCAAUGUCGCGUGGGGUAUCAAGGAUUAUUCACAACCCGAAAUAGGUGAAGAAUUUGCAAGAGGCUACAGUCGAGCGAGUUCUUACAGCAGAAUCAGCAGCGUUGAAUUAAAUCUCGGUGACAAGUUAGAUGAGCCCGAAACCAAUGAACCAGAUUCCAACAAAAAAGCAAUCCCACAACCGAACCUAGUUGCUUAUAAGAAUCUUUACGGAGUAUACAACGUUUCAACUGAAAAGCACAGACCCGAUAGCACCCCAACAGAUUGCAAACCAAGUCUAGGUAACACAAAAACGAAAAAAACAAAAGGAUUCGCUGACGAAAAUCAAAUUUCCCGGCGCUCGACUACACCAUAUAACCGCCGCAGAAGAGCAUCGAGAAUGAAUUCACGGAAUUUGGAAGAGGAGCUUUCAAAAUAUCCAAGAAAGUAUUCCUCGGCAUCAGGAAAAGUUGUCCACGUACCAAAAUUUCACUUUCCAGGUCAACGAAAUCAUAUGAGAACAGCCAGUCUUAAAAUAACUGAAACUGGUGCUAAGGAUCUGAUAAAUGCCGGAUCAAUAAAUAAGUUGGGACUAGGCAACACUCUCCAGUACAACCAUGAAUCUUUCAAGAAAAGGGAGACGCCCGGCCAAUAUCGAGACCAUGGAAACGUAUUUUCACUCGGGCAGCGAGGAAAUACUGUUACCACAAACCGAGAAGUUACAGGACCGGGGGGAUUUUACAAGAUGAGCACUCCCGAAAGAACUUUCAAUGAUAGGCAUUCCACUAAAAGUGAUGGUGGAACCGUGUAUUCAGUACCAUAUGACCCGUCAUCCGAUGUUCGGCGAACCUACGACGCAGCAAGACGAAAUACAAAACCCAAGAGACAACAAAAACCUCCCGAACAGCCACCAGUACACAUAGAUGAAGCUAUACCAUUGAACAUCAUGCACAAAUUUGGUGCAGAUCAAGUCAAAAGCCUACUUAAAGGAAGCGAAUAUGAGGUGAGAAUGGCACUUGAGAAAGCAAAGAAAUCGGAUUUAUCCCAUGCAGGUAUGGUUCCACCCAGGAUUGACGUCCCAGAACUCAAUCACCCAAUUAACCCACCGACUAAGUACUACACAAAUUUCGGGCAAAGCUUGAAAUAUGAUAAAUUUGAAGGUGGACUUCAUUUGUACAUAAACUGAAGAAUCAAUGCAACAAUAAUUCGAAUUCUCCCAGAAUGAAAAAUCUAUAUAUUUCAAAUGAAUGUUAAAAUGUACUGCGAAUUUUAGAUUACCAAAGCAACAAACAGUGCUCUUUU